CAUAAUAUACUAUGUUAACAUCAAACCGGUAUUUUAUGAUGAUUUUAUAAACUUACUCAUGCAGGUAAACUAGACAUCAUGGCUGAAUCAAAUGGAAAAAAAAUAAGCGACAACAUUGCAAUAUCAGACCGGAAUAAUGCCGAACAAAAUGAUGAAGUAGAAAAUACAGACUUUGCAAGAGAAGUGACUGAAAGUUCUGUUGAUAUGGAUUGUUGUGCAAAAUGUGAAGUGCCAUAUGAAAGACAACACGAUGAUCAGAUGCAAGAAAAUAGACCGCCGUCGACAGAAGAUUCAAAAAAAGAUGCUGAUGGAGAGGGAAGUCCAACAUUACCAGGGGAAUGGGACAACACGGCAGAUAUUCCAACUUUACACUUUUCAUUUAUUGUAAACCUACUUCUGCCUAAGCAUUUGAUAUCGAAAAGACAUCCAAAAGUAGAACAAGAAAUUGACAAACUCAAUACUAGAGGUCGUCAGCAAUACGGAGAAGAUCCACCAUCAAAAUACAUUGCCGUUGGGAGUAGUGCAGAAUGUUACGAAAUUCCAAGAAUGAUAUCAAAAGAACCUCUUAAGAUGCCAAUAGGUGUUCAACACAGUGACAUAGAUGUUCUUGUGGCAUGGAAUUCGCGACGCAUUAAGGAACUAGACCUUCAAGCUACUGAUAAACAAAAAGUUGUUUUAGAAAUAGAAGAAGUACAUCCUGGAUAUUGUAGACUCUUUAUAAACGAUCCAGAAUCUGUUCUUCGUGGAGUUGAUCCAUCGACUGCAAUAUAUGUUGAAGAAAGGGGAUUUUUUAAUGCCAAAAAAGUUAGAGAUGAUAUCAAAACUUUAAUGGAUCAAAUUGGGUUUCAGCAAUCGACCGAUAUCUCAAAGUUUAUUGUAGAUCAGAAAGGUCCAGCAGUUGGACUUGAAGACAUCACUGCAAGAACUUUAAAAUUGUUUCAAUCGAGUACAAGUUUGCAACAUCCUCGACAGGAGAUGGUUGCCGCUUUACCAAUCACGUGGCCCAAAAUUGCAAAUAAUUGGACGUUAAGGCAGAAAACAAACAACUGGUUGUCUGAUACAUUAAUAAAAUCCAUUGUUGAUGAAGGAUGCCAUGUUGUGCCUGUCCCACAUCGACACACCAAACAUCCUAACAUAGAAUGGAGAUUGUCGUUCGCAACAUCAGAAGUAAGGCUAGCAAAAGACGUUGUAACGGACGACCAAAGACAGUGUUAUGUAUAUUUGAAAUUACUUCGACAAGUAAGAAUGAAAGGUUUAGAUCUUCUCUCUUCCUAUCAUAUGAAGACAGCUUUUCUUUACUCGUGUGAACGCCUUCCGACUGAGUGUUGGCAUGAAAAUCAAGGAGGAUGUAUUAUAUAUGUUCUCGAUACUUUGAUAGCAUUUGUAAAAGACCGAUGGCUUCCUAGUUAUUUCAUACCAGAAAAUAAUCUUCUGGAUCAUCUAACUGAAGAUGAAUUCCAUCAUCUGGAUAUUCUGUUAGCUUCAAUCCGAACGGACCCAAUUUCUCCAGUGUUAGAGUUUACAGACACCAACAUUAUUGCAAACCAAAGUGCUGUGCUACCAUUCAGACAUUUUAUUGGCCCAGUUUUAGAUGAUUUUAGAAAGUUCAAAGUUCACAGGAAUAGAGAGGAAUCAGCAAAAGAGUGUAUUCAUACACUUAUAUCAUUUGUUUCGGCACUUCUCGUUGAUGAUAAAGUAGAUGAUUCAGUCCAUUAUUUGGCCGACCUUUACGACUUCCUUCAAACAUGUGCACCAGCUGAUUGUUUUAGCAAAUAUUUAUAUUCCUUUAUUUCCCAGUGGAAAAUAGUAACACAGUGCAUCAGGUGUCUGGAGUUUGCCGUUGAUUUUUACGCGAACAAAUAUCCGGACAUUAGAAAUGUAAAUCGUUAUCUUGGUAACUUUUAUCACGCUUACUCAUGUCAACAUCCGAAAGGGUCUCACAUAAACCGUCAACUACUUUUAAAGACAACUGACCAUUUCAAUCAGUAUGUAGAAGAGAAAGGAUUGUACGACUCCGUCAGUGUAGAGUUUGCUCUCUGUAACAUGGCAACUGGACGCACCGAUAUUUGCAUUUCUCAUUUAAAAGAUUAUGUUAAGAGUAGCUGCGACACUCCAGACAACUACACUAAUGUCAACGAUACCAAAAUCAUAACAUUAGAGAAAAAUCUUAGAAAAGAUUUAAUCAACCUGGUUGGAGAACCUAUUAGAAUGAUUGCUUUACCAUCUUUUCCACUUGCGUUAUACAUGUUGCUAGUGGCAUACCAACAGGAGAACAAUAUUAAAGGUAUACCUGAUGAAAUCUUAGAUAAAUUUCAGCAAUACUGUCAGCAAUCAAACACGUUUUGGAGUAACUACUUACAUGGUCUUUUCUUAACACAUUUACAACUUUGGGGAGAAGCUGAAGUUGCUUUUCACAAAGCGAAUACAAUUACCGAAUGCCAGUAUUCAAAUUGGAAAGAAAUUGCAUGUCAUAUCGAGAAUUUGUUGUCUAAAGGAAAGCAUUCUGAAAUUACUGCAUAUAUGAAGGAGAUUCCUACUGAUAAAUUUGGUGGAAGUCGUAUCGCUGUGGUUCACACAGUAGCAUUUCAACUCAGCUCAGCAAGUAAGGCAGUCCAGUUUACCGAUCAUGUUAUGGACAACCUUGAAGAUUUGAAUCUUUCAACGUUUAAUGGUAAUCUGGCAUGUUUACAUUUUGCAUCAGCAUUUGAGUAUCCGGAGGAAUCAGAUGAAAGAAUAACUGCUUUAGUCAGAGCUGAAACAUUGUUCUCUACAUUCCUAUCAGAAAUACCGAAUAAAGAAUCGGCUACUACGGUGGAUUAUGCUGCAUUUCUUUGUAACCAAGAAAGAUGGCCGGAAGCAAUGGAUAUUCUUGAGACGUUUCUAUUUAAGGCAACUACAAAUAAAUGUAGCAAUUCUUACGGAACAAUAGAAUAUCUCACACUCGAUGAUUUUCUUAAAAAGGAAGUGGAUAUUCACACUAAAAUAGAAGCUCCCUCAAGGGCAUUUGCUUAUUAUCAUACUAUCAAAUGCUUAGUAAAGAUACGGGAACCAGAUCAAAAGAUAAAAGGUGUCAAAGCUGCAUUCAUUAAGUUCUGUACAGAGAUUAAAAACAGCAGAUCAUUCAGUCUUCUUGGAUACAGUGAGAUGCUUAGUGAAAACUGGUACAGGGCUGAACAUUGGUUUUGCAAAGCUGUUGAAAUCGCAUGGGACUAUACAGCUGCAAAACAAAAUGUUAAUUUGUGUAAGUCCAAGAGGUCAUCGGUCGUGGAAGAAAAGUAUGAGGAGAAAUAUAUUCCUCUCUGUGUAGCAGCUGAAUUGAAAGGGGUUUUACCAUUGCAAAAGUAAAACAAAAUUAAACUAGAGCUUAAUAUCCUCAAGCUCUCUAUCAAUGAUUGAUCUUAAAGUACUGUAAAUAUUAUGAAAUUAUUUCAAAACUAUUAUAUAUUCCUAAACUUAUGCAGUGUGCUGGCCCUUUUACUAAAAAUACAAAGCCCUUCGGAAAAUGGAGGAAGAGGGACAGAAGAAGGUAGUCUGUAUUUCAGUGAUUGUCGUUGGUUCAUGUGUCAUAUUUGUUUUUCGUAAAUCGGAUUGUUAUAAAUUAGUUCGUUAGAUGAGUUUUCUCAUUGUUGACGUCCAUAUGGUGACCAGUAAUUUCUUAUAUCCACGUCAUUCAACUUUGCCGAUAGUUGUCUCAUCGGCAAUCAUUGCCAUACCACAUCUCCUUAUUUUUAUAUUGAUAACUGUGACUAGUACUUGUAAAAGUAGUUCAUUGUUUUGUAUCAUUACUCGCACAGGUAAUGUAUACAAUCAACCCAACGCUUAGGGUUUAGAUUUGCUUUUUUAAUAAAUAUUCCUUAAUACUUUACUUUUGGUCUUAUUUUGGUUUUAUCAGCUCUUUAAAAUUUGUAAAAAGUAUUGGACUUUCAAAUACUUUGGCCUCGAUCAUCACUUAAUAGACAGUAAUUGUCGAAAUGCACAAUUGGUCACGCGGCAGUGAAAUUUAUACCGGGGGGAUGUAAUUAUUACAAAUGGGUCGAUACCUCUGCUGGCGAACUGUCCGACAUCGAGGUCUACAAACAAGAAAUAAAUCAAGGCAACAGCAGAUGUUAAAGACCACCGAAGGAAAAUGUAUGUAAGAAGAACUUAAAAGUAAUAUUAUAUAGUAUUCUUCAUAUAGCAAUAUUAUUUAUACAAACUAGUAUAAGCAUCUUUUCUUUUGCCUUAAAAAGACAAUGAUUAAGGUUAUGAUAGCAAUGUGGUUGUGAGGUCAUUGCAUCUUGUAUUUUGUGGAAUAUAUAUUGAUUCACUAAUUUUUCAGUUUGAAACAUGAUUAAAUAUUGUUUUGUUAUUUUCUGUACUGUACUCAAAUUUAUUAUCGAUAUUGCGCUGAACCUUGUUUCUCUGCACUAUAUAUGUCAAAGAAGUUUAAGGAUGUACUGAAGUCAGGUUUAGGAAUUUGUGUCAAAUGUCCUUGGUUUUUUUUCCCUACGAUACAGGGUAAAAUAUUUUGCGCCAUAACACCAAUUCUUCUUCAUAUAAGACUUCAAUAGCUCAUAAAAGGUCAUUUACCAAAAUUUAAGCAGAUUCUAGAUUUCUUUUCUUUCGAUUUGAGACCCAAAUAAUACCAUUGCAAAUAUAUGGUAAAAGUCCGAGUCAGCCUUUUCCUUCCAUUUUUGAAAAAUUAAAUACCUCGAAAAGGAGCUCCAUAACCUAUCAAUAUUUUUAGCUUAUUUUGUUCCUAACUAAUGCUCUUCCGACUUGUAGUAUCAAUUUUAGUUUUUUUUAAUUUCACCUAAGUACAUCCUUAAACCUAUUUGUAUAGCUGAAUAUAAGGUAUGGGUUUUUCUCAUUGUUGAAGGCUGCAUGGUUGCCUAUAAUUGCUUACACCCACUUCAAUUGAACUUUGGUGGAUAGUUGUUUCAUCUGCAAUCAUAUCACAUCUCCUUAUUUUCAUAUUUAAAAUACAGUCACUGAUAUAAGAGUGUAAAAGGGCAUACUUUACUAUAAUCAAGCAAGUACUCAUUAGUUUGCUUUAAGCAACCAUGUGCAUUAUUAGAUAGGUAAAUUGUGAGACAUUUUACAUUAUGCCUCACAUCUAAUUUCAUUCAUGUAACAGAGACUUGGCCCUUUGUCCAAUUUAGCAUUCUUGAAUAAAAUAUAGUUUUAGCAAGA